CUUAGAUCCGAGUUUAAGUAAGUGGUUGAGAGCUCGUUUGGUGAUGAUGUUAUUCGCUUAUCAGAUCAACCAUUUUCUUUGGCAAUACACGUAAGAAAGGUAUCAGUCAUGCUGUGUUCUCUAUCAAUAGCGAGACGAUUGUGCUGCCAUGAAAGCUGCCCAUUUCCAUAAAUUCCGGCCGAGUUGUUAAUUGUUAUUCAAUCAGAAUUUCAAAUUUGGUGGAGUUUUUAGUAAAUUAGAACUCUUCUGCUCCGCAUAUAUUGCCUCAAAAAGCUAGAAAGGAGAAUCUGCCGACAUUCGUUGCAGCCGCCAGCCGGCGCUAGUUGGCUCUUUUUCUCCCUCCCAUCGACAAGGAACAUUUUUAUUCCGUCAAACCUCAAUUCCGCUGCAAUUCCGAUACGUGGGAGUGCGGAGAAAUGGGCAAUUCCUUGAAGGAAUUCUGGAACAAGAAGACAUUGCUGAGUCUGGGCUUGGGACAGUUCCUGUCUCUUCUAGUCACUUCUACCGGCUUCCUAUCCUCAGACCUCGCCAGAAAAGGAAUUAAUGCCCCCACUUCUCAGUCUUUUCUAAAUUAUGUGCUAUUGGCCUUAUUCUAUGGAGGAAUCAUGAUUUACCGAAAGAAGCCGCUCAAGGCAAAGUGGUAUUAUUAUGUUAUUCUUGGGUUGGUUGAUGUAGAGGCUAAUUUUCUCGUGGUGAAAUCUUAUCAAUACACAUCCUUAACGAGUGUCAUGCUACUGGAUUGUUGGGCAAUUCCAUGUGUUAUGCUUUUCACCUGGAUUUUCUUGAAGACAAAAUACAAAAUCGGAAAGUUCAUUGGUGUUUUUGUUUGCGUUGCUGGUCUUGUACUGGUCAUCUUCUCAGAUGUACAUGCAGCGGAUCGAUCAAGUGGGAGCAACCCUCUCAAGGGAGAUUUACUUAUACUUGCUGGAGCCACAUUGUAUGCUGUGAGUAAUGUCAGUGAGGAAUUUUUUGUUAGAAGUGCUGAUAUGGUUGAACUCAUGGCAUUUUUGGGUCUCUUUGGUUCCAUUGUCAGUGCAUGCCAAAUAGGCAUACUUGAGCGCAGUGAAUUGAAAUCUAUUCAUUGGACAGCAGGAUCGACACUUCCUUUUAUUGGAUUUUCUCUGGCAAUGUUUUUCUUUUACUCAGGUGUUCCCAUCUUACUCAAGAUUAGUGGCUCAACAAUGCUGAACCUGUCCUUGCUAACAUCAGACAUGUGGGCUGUUUGUAUUCGCAUUUUUGCAUAUCAUGAGAAGGUUGAUUGGAUGUACUUUGUAGCUUUUGCUGCUGUUGCUGUUGGGCUCAUUGUCUAUUCUGGGGGUGAUAAACAGGCUGAAGUUGCUGAACAGAGUAAACCAUUAGACGAGGAGGCUGGUUUGGACAACGGCACCCAGAAAGGUGCUUGAAGCAAUGUAGAUACCAGAAAGGAUACCACAAGGGAAUAAGUCAGAUGUUGAAAUUUUGCCUUGUUUCUCUAGAAGUUUAGAGUUUAGGCCUAUUGAAUGUUGCUCUUCCAUCCAUGAUCCAUCGUUGUCGAGAAAAUGUAUCAAAAUGGGCUAAAAAGCGUGGCAGAUUGGGGCUGAAAAAUGAAUCCUACGUACGUAGUACGAAGUAUUUUUUAAAAAAGUUUCCAUUUAGAUGUGACGUAUGAUAGUUAAGUAGUUAACUAGCGUAAUGUUUUUGUUGUUCACGGUAGAGGUAUGACUUUCUAUUUGUAUUUUUUUUUGGUGGGGUGAGAGAGGCUCGAAUUCUCGACCUCAGGAUUGUGAGACCUACAGACCUAUUUGUAUUAUUAUUAGACAUCAUUAUCUAAUUGUGUUUUAUCUUCCUGAUUAA